AGAAACUUAUAAAUAAUGGCUGAAGCUUUCAAGCGGAGUGGCGACGCGGUGGGCGCUGCAUUUCGGUACUUACAAGCUAUCAGGAUUGCUGAGAUUCGACAGACUCUGGAAUUUUUGGGCGUGCAACAUGUUGAGGUCAUAUUAGCGCUAUUAUUUUUUGUAAUGCUCCAGUUUACAAAAUUCACUGCUGUUCUUGUGCUGGCUUGUAUGAUAGCUUAUGGUAUAUUCUAUAUGUGGGAUACUUGGUUUCCCGAGGUAAAGGAAGGUCUAUCGGGAACUUCACAAAAUGUUGACUAUGGCAAUCUAUAUGGCAAUUCUUAUUGGAGUAGUUAUGGUCCUAGCUAUGACCCUGGCAAUGUCGGUGGAAAUGGUUUUAGCAGUGGCACUAGCUCCAAUUAUGACUAUCCCUAUGUCACCCCAUACGCCGACUCAAAUCGUGAUGCACGAACAUCCGCUUUGUUCCCACCCUACUCAUACAGCGAGAUUGGAGGAGAUCACAUGUACGAUACGGAAGAGAAGCAUAUCCUCGUAAGAAACUUUUUCAGUCCAACGCCGCCAUCAACCCCUAUUCAUCCUCCGCCGGCACAAGAUAGUCCAAACCAGAGGAAAUUGGUCCCAUCAGGAGCUAAUACACCCGUAGGUCACCGACUUUCGUCUGCUGAUAUGCGGCCACAGCGAAGACUCAUUGCCACUACACUAGACGAUAACAGAUAUGCACGGCGGGAUCCUUUAGCUUUUCGCAGACUAAUUGCCAAUGAUUAUAGAAUGUAUAGGCCAACCACUUCAAAUGAUGCUCACCAGUAUCUUAAUUAUUCAAUACCUGUACCGGAGGAGAGAGCAAGAAGAUUACCUGGUUUAUUUGAUGAAUACAUGAUGAAAAAUCGACGAAACAAUGAAAAGAGAUCGUCUGCCCAAAAAAAGUACUCUGGUUUUGAACAGUCUGAGCGCUUAAAAAAUACUUCGCGUGAUAACAUAUUUCAUAGAUCGCGCAAUCUUCCAGGAGGUUUACCUAUCCGCUCCAGCGUCCCCCAUGGUCGGUCUAAUGUCGGAAAUUACAAUGCCUUGGAAGGAAAUGCAAGAAGGAAAGGGCGAAAAUGAUCGAAACAGUUAAUCCAUAUAAAACAUGGGUUCAAUAUAAAAAGUGUUUCAAUUUUCGUCCAAGCUUAGAUAUUCUAUUAUAAAGCCCACCUAUAUAUGCCUACUUACAAUCAUUCGGAAAAUUCAUUGAGAUAUAAAUUAAGAGUUAAUAAAAAAUGCAAUAUUUUGUAUUGAGGAAACAAA